AUGGCGGAUUCGCAUCGCUCGAACGGCGUCGAGGUAACGAAUUCCGAUCCCAUUUCCACGAAUUUGAAUCGAAAUGAGAAUGCGAAGAGUUUCAAGAUUUUCGUAGGGUAUGAUCCUAGGGAAGAUAUUGCUUAUGAGGUGUGCCGCUAUUCUUUGUUGAAGAGGGCUUCGAUCCCAAUUGAGGUUUUCCCCAUUAAGCAAUCUGAGUUGCGUGAAAUGGGGGUUUAUUGGCGGGAGAGGGGGAAACUAGAGAGCACUGAGUUCUCGUUUUCGCGUUUCUUGACGCCUUAUUUGGCGAAUUAUGAGGGAUGGGCCAUGUUUAUGGAUUGUGAUUUCCUGUACUUGGAUGAUAUCAAGAAACUAGUAGAGUUGAUUGAUGAUAGGUACGCGAUAAUGUGCGUGCAGCACGACUACACGCCUAAGGAGACCACGAAAAUGGAUGGUGCAGUGCAGACUGUGUAUCCUAGGAAGAACUGGUCUUCCAUGGUGUUGUACAAUUGUGGUCACCCCAAGAAUAGGAGCUUAACCCCCGAGUUAGUGAAUAAGGAGACGGGGGCGUUUCUCCAUAGGUUCCAAUGGUUGGAUGAUGAUGAGAUUGGGGAGAUCCCAUUUGUGUGGAACUUCCUUGUAGGCCACAACAAGGUUGUUGAGGGCGACCACACCACCUUCCCUAAGGCCAUACAUUACACGCUUGGUGGGCCGUGGUUUAAGGAGUGGAAGGAUUGUGAGUUUGGUGAUCUCUGGCUCACUGAGUUGGAGGACUACCACAAGGCUGCUGCUGCUGUCUAGUUUCUUGCUACAUCAUAACUACUUAUCUUUCUUAAGCUUCUGUUCAUGUUCAUACCAUUUGUUUCUUGCUGCUUCUUUAUUGUAAUAUAGAAACUCAGAUUUCUUUAUAUCAGAAUCAUAAUUUCUUGGACAAGAGAAGAGAAGAGUGUGAAAGAUGUAAUCUUGGAUUUCCAUUAGCUGUAGUUUGUGUAUUUCUCUGUUCCUGCAUCAAUAAUAUCUUACAUUACUUUCUGGCAAA